UAGAAAUCCUCCAAGGAAACAGUCAAAGGACCCUGAUGACAACAAUUUGGAAAAAGUUUUAUUUUUGCUAAAUAAGUACGUAUAAUUGAUACAUCAAUACAAAUUAGUGCCGCUUAAUUCUUUUAUGUGCCUGUUUGACCUUCCCCUUGAAUUUCAUCAUAUUUGUAUUCUACAUAUUUACUUGUGUUUAUAUUGGUACAUACAAAUGCGUAUAUAUGGGUACAUACAUAUAUAGCUAUCGCUUUAUUUAAGUAAAUUAUCCAACUUUACUUUCUACUUUGCAUAAAUAGGUAUUAGAGUUAAGUUAUUACAUUACUGCAUGCAUGAAUACUUAUUGAAUCAAGGCCUGCUUACGUAUGUAUGUGAAUACUUAAGUAUACAUAUGUACAUUACUUUCACUAAAAAUGUGAUCAUGUACUGUUCCGAAUAUUCAUGAUGUUCUGCUACUUAUAAGUUCAUUAAAAUAAUUGUACCUCAAGCUACCCAGAAAACGUCAUCGCAUUCUAUCAGAACUGCAGUUCUGAAAUGUCAACUAUUUGUAUUCCCUCUUUAAAAAUACUUUUCGAGUUUAAAAAUAAACAUUACAGAGCAAAAUUCUUCCCCAACUUAUGAAUUCCUUCAUGUCAGCUUGACAGCUCAACAGGAUGUCAAUAUCUCCACUGCUCUUCAAAGCUCUACGAAAUUUGGAAACUCUAAAUUCUUGGCAAACUCAAAUUCCCAUUCAGUGGAAGAAUAAGAAGAAGCAAUUCACAUGGAACGAUUCCUGGAAGGAUGUCACCCCGUGGUACGUCUCCUUCUUUCUUCUCGUCAUUUUACACACAUUUUUCGGCUCCCUUGGAAUCAUCGGCUAUAUGCGAAUGGUUCCUCAAACGGAUAAAUUUGCCCUGGUGGUUAGACUCCGUUGCAUGUACUCGGUCCUUGGAUCCUUCCUUGGAAUUAUUAUCGCCAUCGUGAUCUGUUUUGAUGGGAAAGACUACAUAGAGUUUAUUAACAGGAUUAUUACCUUUGAUCAGCAUGCGACAGCAGAACUUCGUCGCCUCGAGGUCAAACCGGUCGAGAAAUUCGACCCAUUCGCCAACGCCAUGUACCUCGUGGUACUCCUUCUUUCGAUUAUCCCUCCCGUCUACUGCAUCCCUCCAGUCAUCCACGGUCAUACCGUCCUUCAGUACAUCGUCCAUCAAAUUUAUCCCAACUUCAUGAAGAAAAUCGGCUUCAGGUUGAUGAUCAAGAUAGUCAAUUAUUUCGUAAUGCUGGUCUCCGUCACGGAAAUCUUUCGCCUUAUUCCGCUCAUGUUCUUGAGCCUGAGUUUACCAGUAAUCACAGCACGAAAUGAACUCGAGAGUAUGGACAGGUAUGGAAAAAUGGUCAUAAAAAUCAGACGCCUUGAACUUCACGGGAGUAAAGUCAUUCCCCACUUCUGCGCCAUGCUAGGCAUUUAUUGUCAGGGGUACAUUUUAAUCUCAAUCCGACGCCAAAUCUCGGCAGGGCACGAUUUUAUCGUGUUUGUCGUCAGUAUCACGCUCUCCGUGGUGGCAAAUUACUUUACCAUCGUCCUUUACCCAAUCGUACCGCAGAAUGUGUACCCCGCCUUUCCCACCGUUGCGGUUUCGACAAUUACGGUGCUACACUUGCUAAUUUCCAUAGCGGUGGACGUAGUAGUUAAAGCUAAAGAGUUUACGGUCGAGUGGGGUAAACUGGUACCGGUACGAAAUCGAUAUCUCGCUAAGAAGUUCAGGGCCUUGAGGCCGUUUCAGAUAGUAUUUGGAGUCUACGAUUUUCCCCUUGUGGUUUUUAGUAGGUCAUUAAAAAUCAAGACUUAUCAGACCAUUUGGGAUUACACGAUUAAUACGGCACUGACAUGGCCGCUGUCUCUGUUCCAAAAGUGAAUGUGAUCCUGACCACAAAUUGCAACUUAAUCAAGAACAUUGGUCUUGAGACGAUGGGGGUACCACUUACAUAUACGUACAUACGUAUGUACGUACAAAUGUACGUGUUACCUUGGUCUUGUUAGUGUUUACCGACAUUUCCACCUAACUUGUCCCAAAUUAUGUCAAAAUGUUUGCUGGUCGUGUGGAUUCCUAUCACGGAAGCGAGCGACUGCGUAAAUGACAUUUCCUGAAAUUGGGCUCUUGUAUACCCGGAUUGCUUUCAUUCUUCCUAUCCGAUCAUACCCUUGAGUGACAGAACCAAUUAAUAUCAAUGAAACCGUAAAAGUAGAAAGAGCAAACGAGAAACAUCAACUUAGGAAUUGUAACCAAGAAGAGAAAGUUAGUAAAUUACGGCUGAAUUGUAUUCUUUGAGCCAACAUUUUUUAUCAAAAUGUCACAGCUACCGUAAAAAUGGACAUAUAUUGCCUUUAAUAAAUAAAUUGAUCUUAUCGACUUUAA